AUGAAGACCACCAUUCUUACCUCGGCGCUCCUUCUUUCCUCCACGGCGCUUGCCACUGUCGUCCCAAGGGCUGGCAAGAAGGUCGACUACAAUGGUUUCAAGGUACUACGUGUUGCCAGUACCGAUGCUGUAAAGGCAGAGAUCGAGAGCUUGGCUGCACACAUCCUCAACCCUGGCACAUCUGCCGAGUUGGAUGUCGUCGUUUCACCAGAGAAUGUCGACGCCUUGACUGCCUUGGUGGCUGAGAGCAAGGUGCUGAACGAGGAUGUCGGUGCAGCGCUUGCCGAAGAGGGAGAGAUGAGCGUUUAUGCUGUCCCUAGCGAAAGCUGGUUCACUGCAUACCACCCAUACGCCGACCACAUCCAGUUCCUCCGUGACCUGCAGGCUGGAUACACUGGCCAGUCCGAGAUUGUCACUGUGGGCACCUCAGUCCAAGGACGAGCCUUGACUGGUAUCCACAUCUGGGGUAGCGGUGGCAAGGGCUCCAAGCCUGCCGUCAUCAUUCACGGCAACGUUCACGCACGAGAGUGGAUUACCUCCAUGACCACCGAGUACUUCGCGUGGCAACUACUCACCAAGUACGGCUCGGACGCAAACAUCAAGUCCCUCGUCGACAAGUUCGACUUCUACAUCACACCCAUCGCCAACCCAGAUGGCUUCGUCUACUCCCAGACAACCGACCGUCUCUGGCGCAAGAACAGGCAAACUGUGAGCGGCAACAGCUGUGUUGGCCGUGACAUCAACCGUAACUGGCCCUACAAAUGGGAAGUCACAGGCGGAGCCUCCACAAACCCCUGCUCAGAGACCUACAAAGGCGUAGCAGCCGGCGACGCCCCCGAGCUCCGCGGCUUGAAAGCGCAAGUCGACUCGCUCAAAGCGUCGCGCGGUAUCCGUCUCUACCUCGACGUGCACUCCUACGGCCAAUACAUCCUCUGGCCCUACGGCUACGACUGCAACCUCCGCGCCGAAAACGACGCCCAGCACCGCUCCAUCGCCACCCGCGCCCAGUCCGCUAUCCGCGCCGUCUCCGGUACUGCUUACACCAUUGGCCCUAGCUGCGCGACUCUCUAUGCUACAACUGGUUCUUCGACGGAUUACACUGAUGUUACGGGUAAUGCGACGUAUUCUUACACGUACGAGUUGAGGGAUAAGGGCACGUAUGGGUUUACGCUGCCGGCGAAUCAGAUAAGACCGACUGUGUUGGAGACUUGGGCGGGGGUUGCUAGUAUGCUUAGGGAUGCUUAG